AUGCAGCAAAUCGAGGUAAAUGGUAAACUGGGGAAUCUGGUGGAAGCUAGGCGGAUCUUUGAUGGCCUGGCACGAAAGGACUGCUUCAGCUGGUCGAUGCUUCUCUGUGCCUACUCCCGAAACGGCCGUCUGACCGAAGCCAAGAUGGCGUUUGACGCGAUGCCCGAGAGAGAUCAAGCAUGCUGGAACGCAAUGGUUUCUGCAUAUGCCCACAAUGGGCAUUUACAGGAAGCCGAAGAUCUCUUUUUCCAAAUGCCUAGAACUAACAUUGUGUCCUGGAAUCUGAUGCUUACUACCUACGCACAGCGGUUUUUGAUUAGAAAAGCACAAAAUUUGUUUGAUAGAAUGCCGAUGAGGGAUGGUGUCUCUUGGAGCACCAUGGUUUCAGCACUUGCUCAAAACGGGCAUCUUGAAGAUGCACAAGUUCUACUUGAUCAGAUGCCUUGCCUCGUUCUCGCGGCCGUAAAUCCUUUAGUAACAGCGUAUGCCGCGCAGGGAAAUCUCCGAGAAUCUAAGCGGAUUUUUGACGAGAUGCCGAUGCGGAGCCUUGUUUCUUGGAAUGCAAUGCUCUCUGCAUAUGCCCAAUCCGGGCAUCUCUAUGAUGCCGUUCUUGUGUUUGAGAAUAUGCCGGAGCGUGACAUGAUAGCAUGGAACACUAUGAUCGCGUCGUACGCUCAAAAUGGGCGUCUCAGAGAAGCAACACGUGUUUUCCUUUCUUUAGAUUCGAGGAAUCUUGUGACAUGGAACACGAUGCUGACGGCAUAUGCCCAGAAUGGGUAUCUGUCACAAGGGGAGCGCAUCUUUGCCGCGAUGCCACAAAGGGAUCUGGUAUCUUGGAACUGCAUGCUGUCGGCAUAUUCCCAGAUCGGGAAUAUCCCAGCUGUGAGAAAGGCGUUUGAUGAGAUGCCCGUGGCAGACAUAGUGUCGUGGAACGCUCUGAUUGCAGCCUACAUUGGGGUAGGGAAUCUCGAGCAAGCGAGGGUGAUAUUCGAUGCCAUGCCCGAGAGAGACAUCGUCGCCUACACAGCUCUCGUCUGCGCGCUAGCCCAGAGAGGAGAUUUGGGAGUAGCAACGCUGCUCAUGGACGAGAUGCCACAGCAAAAUCUCAUUUGCUCCACGGCGACGCUGGUUGCAAUUGCCCAGAGCGGUGAUCUUUCUUCCGCAAAAGCGCGCUUUGAUUCAUUGCCGGAAAGGGACUUGGUUGUGUGGAACGCAAUAGAGUCGGCAUAUGCCCAAGCCGGGCAUAUCGAGGCUGCCGUGCACUCGUUUGAUUCCAUGCCCGUCAAGGACGCCGUGUCGUACAACAUCUUACUCUCCGGGUAUGCUCAAGCCGGGCAUAUGGAGGAAUCCAAGCGAAUCUUUGACACCAUGCCUCAGCAUAUCCUUUCUUCGUGGAACUCCCUCUUAACAGCAUAUGCCCAAAACGGGUAUUUUAUCCAGGCGAAGCAUACUUUUGAUACCAUGCUUUCGAGAAAUUCAGUAACGUGGAAUGGGAUGAUCUCGGUUCUAUCACAAAAUGGUCUUUUGGAUCAAGCAAAGAAACUCCUUUACCAUUCUCCUCAUCGCGAUAUAAUCUCCUGGAGCUCACUGCUAACCGGCUAUGCUCAAAACGGGCAUACCACCGAGGCUUUCGAGAUCUUCGCAAGCAUGGCAGUGGAAAGCGUCGAGUUUGACGAAGGAGGCUUCGUUGCCAUGUUGGUAGCUUGCAUUCACGCCGGAAAAACUUACGCUGGUCGAUCGAGCUUCGUCUCCAUGAGCUUCGACUUUGGAAUGGAGCCGAGAAAGCAGCACUACUGCUGCAUGGUGAAUCUCCUGGGACGAGCCGGCUACCUUGACAGCGCUGGAGAUCUCAUGGAAAGCAUGCCGUUCGUCCCGAAUACUUUCGAGUGGAAGUGCUUCCUGGGAGCUUGCCGGACUCACAACGAUCUCGAGUUUGGAGCUGGAGCGUCGCAAACACUCCUGGAUUUGGAACCGUCCGGUGGAGCUGCUUGUGUCUGGCUUGCCACCAUUUACUCUUCGUCCUCAUCGUCUUCACACUGUAAAGUUUUUCCAAAUCCUCCUGCCAGCAGCUAUAGCCCCAGUAGAAGUUCUUCCUCUGUGAAGAACUUAGCAACUCGAGUGUAG